AGGAGCGCUGCGUCUAUUUAAGUACAGUCUCGUUCAAGGACUCCCAAUUUUGCAACGGACUAAACCUUGAAGAAAUCGCCAGAAAUUCUUCCACAAGAAAUCAAAUAAAGUCGAGAUCAAAAUAUUUUUUACUGAUAGAAUAUACAUAUCUGCUGUAUCAACAAGAUGGCAAUGACAUUGCAAAAUGGUGGUGGUCUUAUUCAGGACGAGAAUCUCAAUGUUCGCUACAAUGGAUCUGCCAUUGCAGGGAAGGCUAAUGCCAUGAAUUCACAAAGAAAAAGUGGGCUUAAUGGGCGAAAGCCCCUUGGCGAUCUAUCUAACUCAAGAAAGCCAGUCAUAAACCAGUCAUCAAAACGGCAGAACACGAUGAAUCUCAUGUUUAUUGAUGAAGAAAAUGAUGCAGGAAAAAAGAAGAACGUACCAAAGGGCUCUGAGAGGGUGCCGAAGGGUACUCGAAAAGUACUCUCGGAUAUUUCAAACUUUGGAAAGAGCGAUCACAAUGCUAUUUGUGAGGAGCGCUUCCUGCACAACCAUCAAGAUUGUAUUAAAGCACAAAAUUGCUUAAACAAGGAUCAAUUUCUGAGCAUCAUUGGACUUGAUAUCUCCAAAGAAUUGAAGAUAUCCACUUCCACUACAAGAAAGCCUGAUAGUCCAUUGAAGAUGCUUAAGGAAAUGGAGGAAUGGGCGGGAUUUGAUCAAUCUCCAAAGAAGUCGUUUCUGUUUGGAAGAGGAGGACUUGAAUCAUCAACGCCUCUCAAAUCGCCCGAAUCACCUUCGGUAGAUCGCUUUUCUGUUUGGAAGGACAGUGAUAGUAUCGAUUUCACAUUGAUAAAGACCCCAUGAAGCGCAUCUUGGCCUUUGCUUUCAUCUGGAAAGAUUGGUAAUGGUGGUGGUGGUACUUUGAUAUGAAGAUUGUAGAUUCUAUGGAUGCUAGAGGAUGUUAAAACUGGAUUUUUUUUGUUUAAUGUUUUUGUAGAUUUUUGGAUGCUUAAGGUUGUUUUAAAUCAAGAAAGAAAGAUUGUAGUUGA